GACGGGAUGACGGUGAGAGAUUCCAGCUCCUGGAGCGCGCUCUUGGGAGCGUACACGCAACAGGGUCAUGGAAAGCUAGCACUCACGCUCUUUCAGCGGAUGGACUUGGAAGGGCCGGGGUAUCCACGAGCGGUUUCUAGCAGCGGGCUUUAAGCCUGACGUCGUGACGGGCACUGCGUUGCUGAAUAUGUUCGCAAAGUGUCACAGCAUUUCGGACGCAAAGAACGUUUUCGACCGGAUGGAAACGAAGAAUCGUGUCACUUGGAACGCUAUGCUGGCGGCCUACGUUCAAACCGGGGGUAACCAAGCUGCUCUCGAGCUCUUCAAAGUCAUGGAUAGAGAACCGGACGUGUUUACCUUCUCGACACUUUUCUCUGCUUGCUCAAACUUGCGCUCGCUGGAUGCCGGCAGAGCUAUCCACAAACGACUUGCUUGGCGGACGUACGAAAAGUUUUCGAGAGCAUGGACAGACGAGACAUUGUCUCGUGGAACGCAGUUCUCGGUGCACAGGUUCUUCACGAACUUCAGGGAGGCUCUCAGCUUGUUCAAGAGCAUGAAGAUGAAGCCGGACGCCAUCACAUUUGCUACCGCUCUCACGGCCUGUGCGAGUUUAGAAGCACUUGAAGAAGGCAGGGAAAUUCACAGGAAGACGGUGGAAGCUGGACUGGAAUCGGUUACCAUGGUGCGCAAUGCACUCGUAACCAUGUACGCAAGGUGUGGAAGCCUCGAGGAUGCACAGGGAGUUUUUACGGGCACGGUAGACAGGGACGUGGUCUCCUGGAGCGCCUUGAUAGCAGCACACGCUCAGCAUGGACAAGACCUGGAGGCCAUCAAAGUCUAUCGCCGGAUGAACUUGGAGGGGAUUGAGGCAGACGUCUUCACGUUUGCCAGCAUUUUGAGCGCGGUUUCCUCUCCGGGUCUUCUACCGGAAGGAAGAACUGUCCACAGGCAGAUUAUCUCUCGGGGAUUCGAAGGCGAUACAGUCGUAGGGACUGCGCUCGUCAACAUGUACGCCAGGUGUGGAGACGUGGUUACUGCCAGGACGAACUUUGACAACCUCUGCUCGAAGAACAUCGUGUCCUGGAACGCGAUGAUAGCUGGCUACGUCCAAGCUGGAUCCAGCCAGGAGGCCUUGCUGCUCUACGAGAAGAUGCAGCAGGACGAGGCCAAGCCGAAAGCAGACGGACUCACCUUCGCGAGCGUCCUGGCGGCGUGUUCCAACCUCGGAGAGAUUUCCAGGGGAAGAGAACUGCACUACGACGUCGCUGCCAGUGGCUUUGCCGAGGAUCUGAUCGUCCAGAACGCUCUCGUCGACAUGUAUGGGAAGUGCGGCAACUUGGUGGAAUCCAGGAACGUCUUCGAGGGGAUCAAGAGCAGGAGCGUGAUCUCCUGGACGUCGAUGGUCACGGCGUACGCUCGGCACGGCCAUGGAGCCGAGGCAGUGGAGCUGGUCUGGCGGAUGAGCUUGGAAGGCGUGGAAGCCGACGACGUUACUCUCACCAGCAUCCUUCAGGCUUGCAGCCACUCGGGCCUGGUGGACGCCGCUGGCAGCGUGUUUAGCACAAUGGUGAGAGACCAGGGGAUGCAGCCGAGCAUCGAGCACAAGCUGUGCUUGAUGGAUCUGCUGGGACGCACCGGGUGGAUCGAGGAGGCCGAGGAGUUCCUGGCGAGCAGCGAGGAUCUCAAAGCUCGCGCCGCGUCAUGGACGAGCUUCCUCAGCGCUUGCGAGCGCCAGAGCGAGCAGGGGAGAGCGGGCAGAGCCGCGAGAGAAUUUGGGCGUUUGCAUCCCAGGGAGAGCGCCAAGUUCGUCAUCCUCUCAAACAUGUUACACGCAAUUAGAAUAUCCGCUGGAAAGUUUUUCUUCCUUAAACCUGUACGUGGCAACGCCAGGCACGAUCUUCUCACUCGUUUUCCCAUGGGGGAGGAUCGUGAACAGGGGAAAGCGGCUGGGGUCGCGGAUAAAGGAGACGGGACACCGACAUUUGGGAUGCAAGAAUUCUCAGGGGAGGAAACCCUAGGAUCGGCAGCUAUGGGCGAUCGAGGAGCUGAAUCCGAGGCGCGCGGCGGCGAUAGUAGCAGCGGCGACGGCGCGAGGAUGGAUCAGGUUUUCCAUUGGCUGCUCCAUUGGCCUUUCAUUCUCCACGCCGCAUUGGUCCUCGUUGUGGUGUGGAUUCUUUCGCUCCUGGGGAUAAAUUACGCGAUCGUCCCUGUCGUUGGCUUCAUCUUUCUCUUUCACAUUGAGAGACGCCAUCGCGAGAAGUGGCUCCGGCGGAUUCGCCACGAGGAGCGAAAGCACGCGUUUCAAAAACAGUUGUUAUCAGACUUUGAGAGUGUCCGGUGGCUCAACGAGACUGUCGCAAAAGCAUGGCCAGUUUUCCUGGAGAAGUUUGCGUCUCAGGAUUUUCUAGCUCCUCUCAUGCCGUUUUUCCUGGCCAAGUACAAGCCCUGGACAGUGCAAGAUGGUGUACUGCAAAGCUUUGCUCUGGGAAGAAAUCCACCCAUGUUUGCGGGCAUGCGAGCUCUGGAUCCUUCUGGGACGGAUGACGACGUGGUCUUUGAAACUAUUAUGGAAUUUGUGGCUGCUGAUGAUAUGAGCGCGGUGCUCUCUGUUCAGCUGAGAAAGCGCCUUGGAGGGCUCUGGACAAAGUUACAUAUCUCGAAGCUACAUAUUGAAGGAAAGGUAUUUGUCUGGUGCUUUUGGCUGAAUGUUUGUAGAAAACUUUUGUUUUGUUUUGAGAAGGUUCGUCUUGGAGUGAGGUUUCAUGGGGGAUGGCCAUUUGUUAGUCGUCUCCGGAUCAGCUUCGAGAGUGCGCCUUACGUCCAGAUCGAAGCACGGCCGCUCUCGACGUAUGGGAUGGACAUGGCUGAGCUUCCUGGAAUCGCAAGCUGGCUGGACACGAUGCUGAUGGAUGCGCUAGAGGACUCGGUCGUGAAGCCAAACAUGCUGGUGAUAAAUGUCGAAAAGAUUGCAAAUAGUUGGGCAACAUCCGAGUACGCAACUCUUCCAAGUGCGGAGUCCGCGCCUCCGGUUGCUGUUGCUGUAGUUGAAAUCCUUGAAGCAACACAAUUAAAACCGGCUGAUGUCAAUGGAUUGGCGGAUCCUUUCGUGAAAGGAGUACUGAACACUAAUCGUUUUAAAACGUCAAUAAAGUGGAAGACUCUCAAUCCCAAGUGGAGAGAAGUAUUUCGUUUACCCAUAAGAAGCUGGGAGAUCCAAAACCGUAUGAUGUUUCACGUGAGGGACAAAGAUCUCUUUCGGGACGACAAUCUCGGGUAUUGCGACGUGUUACUGGCGAAGUUUAGAGGCGGCGAUCGGCAUGAAGUUUGCUUGCCCCUUAAAGGCGUAAAAACUGGGCGCAUCACUUUCGCAAUUACGGUUGAGGAAGCACCCGAUUGUCAACUCGAAGUGGAGGUAUCGCCUAGUACAAGGCUGACUACAGAUGGAGAUGAAUCUUUACCUGAUUCACUUGGCUUGGAUCAUUACGAAAUCAUUGACACUGGCGUGAGUGCCUCGGGAAUAUUUUCUAUAAUGAGGCCCGGAAAGGCAGUGCAAAAGAAGUGGCGUGGUAGAAAAGGAAGGAAGCUCGAUGAAGAUGUUGAGUUGCCAGACAAUACUCUCUUCAGUGGCAGCCUCGAGCGAGAGUCCGAAUCUAGUGACAGCGAGGGUGACAAAUCCGGCCAACCCGGGGGGAAGGCGAGGUUCUGGAAGUGGAGCCACCGUGGACCCCGAGAUAAAAAGCUCGUAUCCGGAGAGCUGGUUAGCAUCAGCGAGAAAGGAGGACAGAUGAAGCUGCGAACAGUUAUCGACACGGACUCUGCUGUGACUUCUCCAGCUCCAGCUCCGGAAGAUUCGACGCCAGCAUUGUCUUUACCAGAUAAGGCCGCUGCUAAACCAAGCGACGCGAGAACCGACUUGACUCCCACCCCUUCUGGCGUCCAAACUGGCACCAACAGUCAGGUUCCAACACCAAAGCUGGCAGAGGAUUCAAUGCGAGCCAGUGACGGGCUGGACGACGCUGAAUCGCAGGAGGUCUCCCCCGGCCGGCGAUCAAUGAGAAUAAGGGACAGGGCCAGGGGUGUGGUGAAGCAGGCCGAGAGGACAGCGUCCCAUAUCGGGCACUCGUUGUUUGGUCGCAGAAGCGGGAAAGAUCUCGUCGCAACUCCCCGGUCAGACAACGCAGAGCCGGAGCAGCAGCAGGGGGUAUGCUCGCCAGAAAGAUCCAGCGCAACUACUCCCACCUCUGAUCAACACAGCAACUGAGGAUGGAUGGAUAGCUACGUACGAGAGCGUUAUCAGCUAGUUAUGAUCCGGACGAGUGCUCCUAUACUGGAUCGAGACGGCAGGACCAGCGAGACCAGUAAAGGUUGGAUUUUUAUUCA